CUUUCAGCUUUUGAGCACUUGUCUGUCCUCUUCACACUCAAUUCCUUCAUUCACUCUUCCUUUUUCUCAGCUUUUUUUUCUCUUAUAAAGAAUUAGUCUCAAAGGAAACGUUACUUUGCUUCUCUUAAGCGUUUUCGCACUCUCCAUUCUCACACAUAACUCUUUAUUUUCCAUACAAUGGAAGCACCGGAUUUCUUCGUCAGCGGCUUUUUCUCACAUGCCAUAGACGAACAAAAUCCGAAUAACAACAACAAUAAUAAUAAUAAUAACUGUAGUAACAAUUUUACUGUCGAUGACCUUUUGGAUUUCCCUAAGGAAGAUGAAGUCAUGACCGACGCAUUUUUUGAAAGUAUUACGGGCAAUUCUGCUGAUUCUCCUACCGUUACCGUUGUUGAUAGCUGUAAUUCUUCUGUUUCCGGUGGAGAUGGUCAAUUUAACGGUAACCUGAGCUGCCGGAGCUUCACUGACGCUCCGUUUCCUAGCAGCGAACUCUGUGUUCCGUAUGAUGACUUGGCUGAGCUUGAAUGGCUAUCAAACUUCGUGGAGGAAUCAUUCUCAAGUGACGACGUUCAAAACCUUCAGCUCAUACCCGUAACAAACAUUAAUUCUACCACCAACAACACCGACAGUUCCUCCUCAGCCACCACAAUUUCUACCUCGUCACCUGCCUUCCCAGCCGACACUUCGGUUCCCGGCAAAGCUCGCAGCAAGCGCUCACGCGCAGCUCCCUGUGACUGGUCCUCACGCCUCCAGCUGCUCUUAUCACCUGCCACGUCAUCAUCGGAGAGCAACAAUGCCUCCGCCCCUGUUGUCACGGGUAAGGUCACUAAAGCAUCUAUUAAGAGGCGGGAGAGCGUCGAGACUCCUGGACGGAAAUGCCUGCACUGUGCUUCUGAUAAGACACCGCAGUGGCGCACGGGACCUAUGGGUCCGAAAACCCUGUGCAAUGCAUGCGGAGUUAGGUACAAGUCUGGUAGGUUGGUGCCGGAGUAUCGGCCUGCGUCUAGCCCUACGUUUAUCUCAGCGAAGCACUCGAAUUCUCAUCGGAAAGUUCUGGAACUCCGGAGGCAAAAGGAGCUUCAAAGACACCACCAAGCACAUCAUCAUCACCAUCAGUUGCUAAGUCAACCCUCAAUUUUUGGUGUAUCUAACGGUGGUGAUGAUUUCUUGCUUCAUCAUCACCCAAACUGUGGUCCUAAUUACAGGCACCUCAUCUAGUCUCAGUCAGCUCUAGUGUAGGGGAUAACUGCUUUGCACCUUUCUCGUUUAAAGUUUGAAUUAACAUCCAUUUUCCUAAUUCCUUCUAGUUUUAGAAAUUUAAAUAUCAGGAUAUGAAGAGAAAAAAAAAAAAAAGUUCCUGGCAACCCUAGUGGAACCCAAAAGAAGGGGGAAAAAAAAAAAUAUUAAACGGCAAUUAGAAAUUAGACCUCUGUAACGUUUCUCCUAAUUUUGGUAUUAAUUUAUAGAUUCAUUUUGAAGACU